AUGGAGCCCAGCACCCCGGAGCCUCGCCAGGAGCCGCGGGGCCAAGAAGGGGGAGGCCAGCCCCCAGCAGCCAGGCUGGAGGAGGAGGGGGAGGAACCACUGCAGAGCUCAGCCCCCCACACUCAGGACGUGUCCCUCCUGCACGCUGUCUCCGGGGAGAAGCCACCAUCGGACAUCCCUGGAGAAGCAGGUGGGGCUGAUGCUGGGAGAGAGUGCCAGCCCCUGGGCCCGGGGACUCCCCACAGAGGCAGGACUCUGGCUCCACUAAGACCCCAGCCUCAGGGGCCAGGGUGUCCCCUCCCAGUGAGAGAGGGGAAGGCAGGGAGGAGGCCCUCCUCUCCAGCCCCAGGUAAGCAGAAAAAGCCCAACACUGGGGGUCUGGCCUCCACGUCGUCUCCCAGUGUCACUAACUCAGCACGGGCCACGUACAACCCCGUGCCUUGUGGGUCCGGCCGGGGGUCCUGCCACCUGGCCAACCUCCUCAGCACGUUAGCCCAGAACAACCAAAUAGCAGACCCAAAGAAGAAGUCUCCAGAAGUGACCUGCCAAGGCCGGAAAAAGACUCGAACCCUCUACCGCUCAGACCAGCUGGAGGAGCUGGAAAGGCUCUUCCAAGAAGACCACUAUCCGGACAGCGAUAAGCGGCGGGAGAUCGCCCAGACAGUGGGGGUCACGCCCCAGCGCAUCAUGGUGUGGUUCCAGAACCGCAGGGCAAAGUGGCGGAAAGUGGAGAAGAUGAACGAGGAGACCAAGGACACCCCUGCAGGCCCUGCCCCCACCCCUGCCAGCCACCAGUGUGGUUCUGCAGCUGAGCUGGCCCCUGCUGUGCGCGCGGACCCGGAGCCUGGAACCUUCCCUCAGGAGCCCCCUCUGGAUCCCCUUCCAGAGCCCCCCACAGUGCUGACAUCUGACCAGACGCGGACCCCAGCCCAACAGAGUGAGGGUGCUCAGAGGGUGGCGGUGACCCCACCACUCUUCAGCCCCCCACCUGUCCGAAGGGCCAACCUUCCUUUUCCCCUUGGCCCCGUCCAAACCCCUGAGCUGAUGCCUCUGCUGCUGGACACUCCAGGCAGUGACGGCAGCCACAAGGAUGGCCCCUGUGGGUUGUGGGGGACAAGCAUCACACCACCCCCAGCCUGCUCAUUCUUGGAGGAGCUGGAACCCCAGGAUUACCAGCAAAGCAACCAGCCGGGACCGUUCCCGUUCUCCCAGGCCCUACCGCCCCCGCUUUUCCAGCAGCCCCAGCCCCAGUUUCCGUACCUGCCUCCCUUCCCCUUCCACACGCCCAGCUCACUGGCGCCUCCGCUGCCAGAAGACUCUCUCUUUGCGUGGUCCUAUGGCCCCAUCGGGGGCCCAUGCCAGGGCGGCUUCCAGGGCCCUCCGUCCGGGCAGACGCUGCCGCAGCCACCCGCUGGGAGCAUGGGUGCAGUCCCCUGGAAUGACCCCUGCCUGCCAGACCUGCCCUUCCUGGGUCCCUUCUGCCCGCAAGCUCUGGGUGCCCACCUGGCAGGUGAUGGCUACUUCCCGGAUCUGUUGGCGGCCCCCUAUGGCCCGGCUUUGGGCUGCCAGCCUUCCCCCGGCCUCGCCCGGGUGCCUGAAGGGGCCAGGCCGGGGCCCGGGCCCCCACUCAGCAAGGGCCGGGAGGGGCUGCCGGCCGCCUCUGUGGAGCUGCCCUCAGCCCCUGAGGAGGGCCAGGAGGAUGACGAGGACAGCCCCAGCCCCUAGCCGUGGGCCCAGGAGGGAGAGGCCACCCUGCCGGAGGGGCUGGGGCACCACCGACGCCAAGGAGACGGCGGCUAAGUGUCAGGAAAGACU